UCACCGUUUUCCUCAUCUGGAAGAGAUGUUUCCCCUCAACAUGUCUGCAGAAACAGAAGUAGCUGCUGUCGCCAGCUCGUGACUGCUCCUUCAAAAAAAACAAAACACGUCCUCAGACAGCGCAGAGAGCCUGAUCAGACCGAAAAGUCUCACCUUUACACUCCGUGAAGACUGAGCAGGUGCACCCAAAGGCCACGAGCAUGCCCGUCAACGACUCCGAGAGCAUACUGAGCUACCAGAGGCCAGAUGAGGAGGUGGUGGUGGACCAGGGAGGCACGAGCUCAGUACUGAACAUCCACUAUGAGAAGGAGGAACUAGAAGGCCAUAGGACUCUGUUUGUGGGGGUUCGGAUGCCCAGGCAGAGCCACCGUCACCACAAGGCUCAUGGCUCUCGCCACCGCAAGAGAGAAAAAAGGUCAGGGAGUACUGCAACACAGCAAAGCGAGGGAACCGAGACGACCACCUCCACUCAUGACACGCCGUCGCAGAGGGUCCAGUUUAUUCUGGGCACAGAGGAGGAUGCUGAACAUGUGGCCCACGAGCUGUUCACUGAGCUGGAUGAGAUCUGUGUGAAGGAUGGCAAGGAUGCUGAGUGGAAGGAAACAGCCAGGUGGCUGAAGUUUGAAGAAGACGUGGAGGACGGUGGUGAGAGGUGGAGCAAGCCUUACGUUGCUACUCUCUCCCUGCACAGCCUGUUUGAGCUCCGCAGUUGCAUCAUCAACGGCAGCGUGUUGCUUGACAUGCAUGCUGACUGCAUCGAAGAGAUUGCUGACAUGGUGCUGGACCACCAGGAGGCAUCCCAUGAGCUGGAUGACAGCGUGAGAGUAAAGGUGCGUGAGGCUCUGCUGAAGAGACACCACCACCAGAACGAGAAGAAGAAGAACCUGAUUCCCAUCGUACGCUCCAUCACAGAGGGAACCCGCAAACAGUCAGAGCCCCAUCUGACAGCCACAUCUCCACAGCCUCCUCCAGCCACAGAACCAUCUAAGAACGGUGCUGGACAUGAUAGCGCUCAGGUGGACCUCAGCAAGGUGGAUAUGCACUUCAUGAAGAAGAUCCCAGAAGGUGCAGAGGCCUCCAAUGUGUUGGUGGGAGAGCUGGACUUCCUUGAGAGGCCCAUUGUGGCCUUUGUCCGCCUCUCCCCUGCUGUGCUGCUCAGUGGCCUCACUGAGGUGCCCAUACCCACCAGGUUCCUCUUCAUUCUCCUGGGUCCAGAUGGAAAGGCUCAGCAAUACCAUGAAAUUGGACGCUCCAUGGCAACCAUUAUGACAGAUGAGAUCUUCCAUGAUGUAGCGUACAAGGCAAAGGACAGAGGUGACCUGCUGGCUGGAAUAGAUGAAUUCCUUGAUCAGGUGACUGUCCUGCCACCGGGAGAGUGGGACCCCUCCAUCCGCAUCGAGCCUCCUAAGAAUGUCCCCUCUCAGGAGAAGAGAAAGCAGCCCGGAGUCCCUAACGGUACAGCCUGCCAGGUAGAGGAAGAACUACAUGCUGAGCACCACGGGCCAGAGCUGCAGAGAACUGGAAGGUUGUUUGGUGGUCUGAUACUGGACAUCAAAAGGAAAGCUCCUUUCUAUCUGAGUGACUUCAAGGACGGUAUGAGCCUCCAGUGUGUGGCCUCUUUCCUCUUCCUCUACUGUGCCUGCAUGUCUCCUGUCAUCACCUUUGGAGGACUGCUAGGGGAGGCGACGGAGGGACGCAUAAGUGCCAUAGAGUCCUUGUUUGGUGCAUCUAUGACUGGAGUGGCCUACUCUUUGUUUGCUGGUCAGCCUCUAACCAUUCUGGGAAGCACGGGUCCUGUGCUGGUUUUUGAGAAAAUCCUCUUCAAGUUCUGCAAGGACUACGACCUGUCCUAUCUGUCGCUGAGGACUUGCAUCGGCCUGUGGACGGCCUUUUUGUGUUUGGUGUUGGUUGCCACGGAUGCUAGCUCUCUGGUGUGCUACAUCACUCGGUUCACAGAGGAGGCCUUUGCCGCCCUCAUCUGUCUCAUCUUCAUCUAUGAGGCUUUGGAGAAGCUAUUCCACCUGGGAGAAAUCUACCCCUUCAACACACACAGCGAUCUGGACAAACUCACUCUGGCAUACUGUAGGUGUGCACAACCUGAUAAUCCCAGUAAUAAAACCUUGGAGCUGUGGAGUGAAAGAAAUAUCACAGCAUCUGAUGUACCCUGGGCCAACCUUACUGUCAAGGAGUGUGUCAGUCUGCAGGGCCACUUUGUUGGGACGGCAUGUGGCCAUCAUGGCCCCUACACCCCGGAUGUUCUUUUCUGGUCUACCAUCCUGUUCUUCUCAACCUUCUUCAUGUCUGCCUUUCUCAAGCAAUUCAAGACUAGUCGUUAUUUCCCCACCAAGGUGCGGUCCAUGAUCAGUGACUUUGCAGUGUUCCUCACUAUUGUCAUCAUGGUUCUGCUUGACUAUGCCAUUGGAGUCCCAUCCCAGAAGUUGAAGGUGCCCAGCAAAUUCCAGCCCACCAGAGAUGAUCGAGGUUGGCUGAUCAAUCCCAUAGGACACAACCCAUGGUGGACAGUCCUGGCUGCCUCUAUUCCUGCUCUUCUCUGCACCAUCCUUAUCUUCAUGGACCAGCAGAUAACUGCCGUCAUCAUCAACCGCAAGGAGCACAAACUACUGAAGGGCUGCGGGUACCACCUGGACCUACUGAUGGUUGGGGUGAUGCUGGCAGUGUGCUCCAUCAUGGGCUUGCCGUGGUUCGUAGCGGCCACGGUCCUGUCCAUCUCUCACGUCAACAGCCUGAAGCUUGAGUCAGAGAGCUCGGCUCCAGGAGAGCAGCCUCGCUUCCUGGGCAUCAGAGAGCAGAGACUCACUGGCCUGCUCAUCUUCCUGCUCAUGGGCUGCUCUGUAUUCAUGACCGGAGCACUGCAGUUCAUUCCUAUGCCAGUGUUGUAUGGUGUUUUCCUUUACAUGGGAGUCUCUUCAUUAAAAGGCAUCCAGUUUUUUGACCGCCUGAAGCUUUUCGGUAUGCCAGCCAAACACCAGCCAGACUUCAUCUACCUGCGCCACGUCCCCUUGAGGAAGGUACACCUGUUCACUCUCACCCAGCUCACCUGCCUGGUGCUCCUCUGGGUCAUCAAGACUUCACCUGCUGCUAUCGUCUUUCCCAUGAUGGUGCUGGCUCUGGUUUUUGUCCGCAAAGUGCUGGACUUGUGCUUCUCUAAGCGGGAGCUAAGUUACCUGGAUGACUUAAUGCCUGAGUGGAAGAAAAAAAAUCUUGAUGAUGCCUCCAAAAAGACAGAAGAGGAAUCACAGGUAAUGCUCAGUCCAAAGCAGGAAGAUACAACAGCUGUUCAGAUUCCCAUGGAGAGCAGCAAGCCUUCUCAGACCCUAAAAGCACACGACCCCAAGUGUGACCCCUCUGACAUUAAUAUAUCUGAUGAAAUGUCUAAAACCACCAUGUGGAAAUCCCUCACCUCCAAUCAAAAGGACUCUCGUCCUGUGGCUGCUAAGAAGAGUCACAUCUGA